UUAUUUUCACAGAGAUUGAGGUUAAUGUGUAUUUAAAAAAAAUUUUUUUCGGAAAUGAGUUUAUUACCUAAGUCUAAAGAGGAAUUCAGUCAAAAGGAGUAUUGGGACACAUUCUUUAAAAAAAGAGGUUCAAAAGCAUUUGAAUGGUAUGGAGAAUAUCCCGAUUUAUCAAGUGAUUUGCACAAAUAUAUUAAAACUCAAGACAAUGUUCUCAUAAGUGGUUGUGGAAAUUCUACUUUGGGUAGAGAUUUAUAUGACAUUGGAUUUAGGAACAUAACAAAUAUUGAUAUAUCCGAAGUUGUAAUAAGGCAAAUGUCUCAAAAUACUAGAGAAAGAGAUGAUUUAAAAUAUAUACAAAUGGAUGCGUUGUCUAUGAGUUUUGAUAAUGCUCAAUUUUCUGUGGUUGUAGAUAAAGGUACCUUGGAUGCUUUAAUGCCAAAUGAUAGAGCUGAUACUCUUUCAAAGGUAAACCAAUAUUUUACCGAGAUUCAGCGAGUGUUAAAGUCUGGAGGACGCUACAUUUGCAUUUCUUUACUACAAGAACAUAUUUUGAAAUCAAUUUUAAAUUAUUUUCCCAAAAAUAACUGGAUGUUUAGAGCAACUAGAUGUUUUGAAGUAGAAAAGCGAGCAUUAGAAAAUGGAGAAAAUUCAAUGCCUGUUUUUUUUGUAGUAUGUACUAAAUUUACAGCUUUACCAAGAAAGGUUCUCGAAUUAAAUUUGGGCUCACUAGAUAAAAUGCAAAGAUUUGAAAAUGAACAAGACAUAAUCCUCCAUAUUUCAAGUGUGCAGCAAGCUGCAUUUGUGUGUUCGGGACUUAAAAGGUCUUCCAUUGCAAAUGAAAAUGAAGUUGUUUUAGAUUUAUUUGAACCAUGUGAGACAAAGCCUAGGUUCACGGUUCAUGUUGUAGAUAUAGUUCCCCAACAUAAAAAUUCUCAGUAUGCUGCUUUUAUAGUACCACAAGGAAGGGAAGUUGAGUGGCUGUUUUCUACAAAAGCAGGGAGGAAACAUUUAGUAACAAUGACUAACCACAACAGACUGGCAAUAAUAACAUUACAUAGGGGCCAAAAAUAUGAAUCAUUUGAGGCAGUUCAGAAGGAAUUAACCGAAACUGUGUGUAACUUAGCCCCUUCAUCAUUAAAUAACAAAAAGAUUUUAUUUCUUUCUCUUGGAUCUGAUGUAGGGCAGAGAGUUAUAAAAUUUGAGGGGCAUUCAGAAUAUUCUGGAGAUUAUAUUAUUGAAGAUGUAAAAGUAGAUAAUGGGGAAAAAUUUAGACGAUUAUUUUAUAAAAAUUCUCAAUUAGUUAUUCAGUCUGAAGCAAUGUUAAGAACAGUAAAAUCAAGAAAAGGGAUUACAAAAGAAAUUGUGGACUUAACAUAUUUAACAUGUAACCAUCACAUUUAUAUGAGUGUAGCAGCACACGUAGCCUGCAGGGAUAAGAAGAAGUCUACUGUUGUUGUAGUAGGUCUGGGUGGUGGAGGUUUAUGUUCGUUUAUGCAUAAAUUUUUGCCAAAAACAAAUAUAAUUGCUGUCGAUAUAGAUAAAGAUAUGUUGAAAAUUGCAACGGACUGGUUUGCAUUCCAGCAAAAUGAUAAAGUUACUACAAAAAUUCAAGAUGGUUUACUUUAUUUGAAAGAAACAUCCGAGAAAGGAGAAAAAUUUGAUUGUAUUCUAUUUGAUGUAGAUAGUAAGGAUAGUUCUGUGGGAAUGAGUUGUCCCCCCAAGCAAUUUUUAGAAAAUGAUGCUUUAAGUAAUGUUGCUAAAAUUAUUGCUGAUACAGGUUUAUUUGUUUUAAAUGCAGUGUUGAGGGAUCAGUCUGUACGUCCAUCUGUACUAAAUAAUCUAAAGAGUCAUUUUGAAACCGUUGUGUCAUAUAAAUUAGAGGAAGACUUAAAUGAAAUAUUUAUUUGCUGUAAUUCAAAAAUCUAUAUGGAUCAUCUGAAAGAUUCUUGCACACAAAUCAACAAUUUCUUUAAGAAAAAUAAUUCAAAGAGUAAUAAUGUUGAUAUAGAUAUGUUUAUGCAAUCACUUGUAAUGCAGUCUUUGUCAUUAAAAACUUGAUAUUUAU